CGUCCGUCACAAAUCUGGGUGCCUUUUGACAGCACCAAAUUUCCAUGUUACGCGUGUUUGGCUCCCAAGUGUUGAAUUCAAACUUCAAAGGUAAAUGAAUGGUACGUUAAUUCGGAUGAUCAGGAGAACAAUGCCAGAGCCGCAUGCUUCGCAUUUUCGCUCCACAAAGACCAUGGGUUACUGUUUUCGGGAUGGUGUCGGAGGAUAACGUGAUUGAGGACUCAGUCUCCGUCGAAGACGAUUUUGACGGCGAUGAUUAUGAUUACGACGACGGCGGCGAUUAUUACGACGACGAUUACGGUGACGCUGGAGAUGACGAUGAUGAUUACUGUUUGGUUGAAGAUGACGACGUCGAUGAUCCAGGAGCCAUGGUUUCUCGGCGCCCCAAGCUAGGUUAUACUGUAUUGCAAGAAGCAGAUAUAAAACAACGACAAGAGGAUGAUAUUUCUAAAGUUUCAACUGUUCUUUCAUUAUCACAAGUUGAGGCAACCAUAUUGCUCCGUCACUAUAAUUGGAAUGUUAAUGAAGUGCAUGAUGAAUGGUUUUCCGAUGAAGAAAGAGUACGAAAAUCUGUUGGAUUGUUUGAGAGACCAGUUGUAGACGUAUCCUAUGCUAACGAAUUUACUUGUGGGAUUUGUUUUGAUUUGCUUCCAUGUGACAAUUUUGCUUCAGCUUCUUGUGGUCAUCCUUUUUGCUGGGAAUGCUGGCAAGGCUACAUUUGCACAAGCAUUAAUGAUGGUCCUGGAUGUUUAUUGCUGAGAUGUCCUGAGCCAUCUUGUAAAGCUGCUGUUGGCCCAGAUAUGAUUGAUAAAUUGGCACCUUGUGAAGAAAAGGAAAAGUAUUCUCAGUUUUUACUCAGAUCUUAUAUUGAAGAUAACAGGGAGGCCAAGUGGUGUCCUGCUCCAGGGUGUGAAAAUGCUGUUAAUUUUGCUGUCGGUGGUGGGGAUUUUGACGUCACCUGUUUGUGCUCAUAUAGAUUUUGUUGGAAUUGUACUGUAGAAGCCCAUCGUCCUGUUGACUGUGAAACUGUAACAAAAUGGAUGUUGAAGAAUAGCGUGGAUGGGGAAAACGUGAACUGGAUACUUCAUAAUUCCAAGACUUGUCCCAAGUGCAAGCGGCCAAUUGAAAAGAACCAAGGGUGUAUGCACAUGACAUGCACGCCGCCUUGUAGUUAUGAGUUCUGCUGGUUAUGCCUUCGUGCAUGGUCAAGUCAUGGUCUGGCCACUGGUGGUUUCUAUUCUUGUAAUGUAUAUGAAGCUGAAAUGCAAAAAGGAAAUGUGGACGCCGAAAUGAGGCGGGAAAUGGCAAAGAACUCCUUUGAGAAAUACACUCAUUAUUAUGAACGAUGGGCAAGCAAUCAAUCAUCAAGAGAAAAGGCGCUUGAAGAUUUAAAUCGGAUGGAAAGUGAAAAUAUGGAAAAGCUUUGCAAUGUGCAAUGCACGACAAUGUCUCAGCUAAAGUGUAUAACAGAAGCAUGGCUUCAGAUAGUUGAAUGUAGACGAGUUCUCAAAUGGACUUACGCAUAUGGGUAUUAUCUUCCCGAACAUGAGAAAACAAAGACACAGUUUUUCGAGUAUUUGCAAGGGGAGGCCGAGGCUGGUUUGGAAAGGCUUCAUCGCUGUGCUGAGAAGGAAUUAGAUAAAUAUGUUACCGCCGAUGGUCCAUCAAGCGACUUCGAUGACUUCCGCACAAAGUUAACUGGACUAACCAGCGUCACGAAAACGUACUUUGAGAAUCUGGUUAGAGCACUAGAGAAUGGCCUAGAAGAUGUGAACUCCACAGCUUGCAACAAGACCGCGAGCCCGAGAAGCCCGGCCAGUCCAAGAAGUCCUACAGGACGGAAUGGUAAGGGCAGAGGGAGCAGGGGCAAAGAGAGUCCCAGAGCCGGUGUUUCUCCCAAAAAUGUAGAUGAUACAAGUAAGUAGGCCUUAUAACUUAUUUGCCUUCUAGUUUCUGAGUUCUAUAAAUCAUUGGUGAGAAUAUAAAAAAUAGUAACCUUUAUUUUUUUCCGUGGACCCCACCCUUCUGACGAUAAUCUACAUGUAUAUAUAUAACUUUAAAUAUAUUAACAAGUUGCCGUUGUUGCUACUGAGGGUAAACUGUUACAUGUUUAAUGGUUUUGAAUGCAAAUAUGCAGAAUAUGAUUCGUUUA